AUGGUUGUAGUGGGUAAGAGUAGAGUGCACGAUGUAAGCAUGAGUAGGCCGCACAAGAGAUCGUUGAUUGCCAUUUUUUCUACCUGCGUUUUGGUGUUUCUCGUGUUUAUAAUUGAUGCUAAAUUUGAAUAUAUAACCCUUUUCCCCAAAUCUUUGAGUGGUGGAGGUAAAGACAGGUCUAUUGAAUCGUUGAGGGAUAAGGAAUUUACAAGACUAGGCUUGACACCCAGAGAACCGAUAAUUGUAAGGGAUGUAAGAUCUGGGAAGGAUAAGAAAUUGCAUGGCAGGUUCCUUCAUAUCACUGACAUGCACCCUGACUCUUACUAUGUAGAAGGAACUUCCAUAGAUGCCGUGUGCCAUUCAGGUAAACCUGACAAAAAGAAUGAUGUAGCCCCAAAGUUUGGAAAAGCAAUGUCUGGAUGCGAUUCUCCUGUUUUAUUGGUGGAAGAAACUUUGAGAUGGGUUAAAGAAAACUUGAGAGAUAAGAUUGAUUUUGUUAUCUGGACUGGUGAUAAUGUCCGCCAUGAUAAUGACCGGAGGAAUCCAAGAACAGAGGCGCAGAUUUUUGAUAUGAAUGAUAUUGUCGCAACAAAAAUGACUGAAAUAUUCAGUGCUGGGAAUGAAGAAGAUCCAAGAGAUUUCGAUGUAUCUGUAAUUCCAAGUCUUGGUAACAACGAUGUUUUCCCGCAUAACAUGUUUGCAUUGGGACCUACUCUUCAAACCAGGGAAUAUUAUAGGCUUUGGAAGAAUUUCGUUCCGCAACAACAGCAAAGGAUAUUUGAUAGAAGUGCUUCGUAUUUGACGGAAGUCAUUCCGGGGAGGCUCGCUGUUUUGUCAAUUAAUACACUAUAUCUAUUUCAGGCUAAUCCCUUAGUUGACAAUUGUAAUUCGAAGAAGGAGCCGGGCUACCAACUCUUACUCUGGUUAGGCUAUGUCUUAGAAGAACUAAGACAUAGAGGAAUGAAAGUAUGGCUUAGUGGACACGUGCCUCCAAUUGCAAAAAAUUUCGAUCAAUCUUGUUAUGACAAGUUUACCCUAUGGACUCAUGAGUACAGAGACAUAAUUGUUGGAGGAUUAUAUGGACAUAUGAAUGUCGAUCACUUCAUUCCAGCAGAUGGUAAAAAGGCAAGAAAAUCUCUUCUCAGAAAUUUGGAGCCGUAUAGUCGUGUUCGAGAAGGAGGAGAGAUUGCAGAGGAGGAGGAGGAUGAUGAUGAUGAUGAUGAAACUAAUCUAAAUAGAAUUCUGGGUCAUGCAAUGACUGCAAAAGAAGCCUAUUUGAUGGGUGCUAAGCCAUCUAACAAAGAAGCAUACAUGGACACCGUUCGUGAUACACACUACCGUAAAGUAUGGAAUAAGCUGCAAAGAGUUGAAUCGGAAGAUACCGUGGAGAGUGAAAACAAGAACAAAAAGAAGAAGAACAAAAAGAAGAAGAAGAAGAAGAAGAAGCCAAUCACUAGACAAGAGCUUAUUGAGCGUUAUUCUAUUGUAAAUAUAGGUGGUUCUGUCAUUCCAACUUUCAAUCCUGCCUUUAGAAUAUGGGAAUAUAACAUUAGCGAUAUAGCAGAUGAAUCCGACUUCGGUAUCUCGAAGGAUAAACCUUGGGAUGAGUUUUUUGAAUCACUAGACAAGAUUAUGGAAGAAUCCUUACUGGAAGACGAACCGGACAGCAAAAACAUUGACUCCCGAAUUAGCAGCGAGGGCUCUGACAAAAAGAAAAAGCGAAAGAGUGAUGAUAAAACGGUUCCAGUUGAAAUGCCAGAAGGAUACGGACUAGGUCCCGCGUAUGUACCGCAACUGUUUACUCCAACACGUUUUGUUCAAUUUUAUGCCGAUUUGGAGAAGAUUAAUAAAGAAUAUUAUAGCUCAUUGGAUGAGUCGAAGGAUGUUUUCAAGUAUGAAGUAGAGUACACCUCGGAUGAGAAGCCGUACUCGAUGGACACGUUAACAGUAGGAAGCUAUUUGGAUUUGGCAGGUAGGUUGUAUGAAGACAACCCUGCAUGGGAACAAUAUGUUGAAUGGUCAUUUGCAUCUUCUGGCUACAAAGAUGAUUGA